AUGGAAAUACCGCACUUUUAUUUUCGAUCAAUUCUAAUGAAAAGUUGCCACGGUAACUUGAAAGCGGGGAUAUUAACAUUCCGUGCCUAUCGGAGAAAAUUCAUUAGGGAAUUCACCAUGAGAGCAAGACAGGAGAUAUUCAAGUCCUUGAUAGCUAAUUAUCGAUUUGCAGUAGACCAGACUAACCACAGGGCCUCGCUUUUCACUGCUUUAGAUUUCAUUUCGCCGGGUUCCACAGUCUGGCGGAAGGAACACCAUUGGAGAAAUCGCCGAUAUUGUUGUUUGGUGCUAGUGAAUGCUGCGAGAACAGAGUUUUGGGAGGCGAUAGUGGAGGAGGGAGAGGAAGUGUAUCUAUACAUAUCAGACUAUGUCGCCUUCACCCCUUUAAGCUCUCCCCUAAAGCUGGAGAGUGCAAAGCCUGGCAGGAACCUCGAAACUAGUAAGCAAGUCUCCGAAGAUCUAUUUGUACCAAACGGGGAUGUCAGCGACGGUAAGAGUAAUCUGUGGCAGCGAAUAAUACCUUUUUUUACCAAACCUACAACACAGCCCCCCCAAGGCAAAGUUACCUGUUCUAGAUUUUUAGGGCAUAAUAACCACUCAUAUUCAUUCCCUUUUGACCGCUAUUUGUUUCAUCUGGUAGUAACGAUAGUCAAAUCCGCAGUCGCCGAGAUGACUGAGGUCAACGACGCGUACAAGAAUUUGUCUGAUGCGAUACCGCCUGGGGAUGAAUCUGGAACUAUGCCAAUCAAGAGGCUCAAGGUGAAUGACAUUCUUUCAACGUUGGGUCGAAGCGCCAUUAUUAAUCCCGUCUAUAUUCUAGGAGUAGUUGACUCCGAUCAAGCUACGCGAUCUGCCAAAGCUACACCCGAAUCGAUGUUGUCGGCAGUCGCAGAAGAGACUAUUACCCCACCAUCUCCAACCCAACAAACUCACAAUGAGUUCCCGGACAAAGCUUUAUCCGACACCCCUACUCUUUCGAAGACUCCAUCGACAAUGGCUAUCAAAGAACCCCUCAACACUGACCCCCAGAAUGAGGUUUCGGCUACGGACUCCGCUAUCAAGUACUACGGCCCGGUACACAUAUCUGGUUCAUUCGACAAGCUUAUUAAUGCCCUCGAGCCGGACAUUGUCAUUGAUCCUGAAAUCCCAACUCACACGUGGUGCGUCGAUGCUCAAACUGGAGUGCAACCCAACCGCCGAGUUGAUGGUGUCGAGCGAUGGCGCGCUCGGGUCGUCUCGGAGUCUAUGGAGGAUGGUAGCACGGUUAAGAGUUACACUACCCAAGACAUACAAUCUAUAUCAGUCAAAGAGGAUCCCACCAUCGCAGCUUUCAAGCCAUAUUCAGUGGAAGAUGACAUCGCUCCUGAAGAGGUCGUGAAUGCCACGGCUUCGUCUCCCAGUAUGGUGAACCGUACUUACCUAGAGGCUUUGUUUACGUCGAUCAAAGAGAAUAUCGUCGGAGAGACUCUCGCAUCACUCUAUGCCUGUGUGAAAGGCGGUGUCGUUCCUAAGGAGGCCCUUAUUGCCACCGUUUCAUCGCUAGCUAUCGAGGGCCGCACUGAUCCGGAGGUUCUGCUUGCAUCGCUGGAGAACGAUCUCAAAUUUAUGCUGGAGUUACCACUACCAGAAGCCAAGGCUGCUCAUGUGGAAGAUGUCAACAGCCCAUCCUUAGCUCUAGACGCGGAGAAAGUAGAGUCUGGAGGGUUCUUCCUAACACCAUCUCCCGUAGGGUCCUCGUGCAAGAGCAAAGCCAACAAUGCCGAUAACACGCGGUCCCUGGAGAGUUCCUAUCGCCAUGAUAGCGAUGGUGAGGGGCAUAUGACCAUCAUGGAACGUGUCUAUGCCUAUGAGGCUAGACUGAAGGCCAGGAAAGACGUGCCUGACAGAAGCGAAGACCAGUACAAAUCCGACAAUCCGCCUUCGACUUCAGAGUUGAACGCGAAGUAUGCUAAAUGUGUUGACGAGUUUCCGAGGGUUGAAUGCGAAUCGAGCUCCUCAUCGUUUCUCGCCGGCAGCGAGACGGGAGAUGUAAAGAGCAUUCUUGGUCGUACUCCAAAAAACCCAUUGGCCGAGAUUAUACAUGACGAAUCUGGGAGCAUUUCAUUCAAGUUUGUAGCUAGAUGUGCUACAAGUGAAGGUUGUGUCAAUGGUAGUGUGAUCGGGGAUGAGAAUGUUUCUUCACUCGCAGACAAAGCCACUAUCGUGCCGGAACCGUCUGGGGAGGCUGAGGGUGAGAGUUUCGAGUCUCGUCCUAUGGCAAUGAAUGCACCUACGGGGCACGCCGGUGACGGCAAGGAAAAGGCCAUUAUGGGUUCCAUGGUGGCUAGGCAUGAGAAGAAGACCAUUAACGGAAAUGGCGAUGGCGAGACGCAAUUAUGGCUCAAUCUUCUUGCACCAUCAACGAGUACGAAAUCUCCGGCGACUGCACCCGCGUCUACGUCCAUAACCCCCGACAGCAGUAGAACCCGAUCAAUCAGUACUGUCUCCUUCGGCACCGGCCCUAACGACCAGGCCAUCUUCGGCAACCUCGUCCCAUCACAGAUAUGGGACGGCAGCAACGACGAAGACUGGGUUGAUCUCAGCAACGGUCCAACACGUCAAAGUGGGCCUCGUGUCGGCGACCCCACAAAUAAGAAGGCUCUGCCUAUCGCCGCGGUUCCGGAGGCGAAGAAUGGCGCGCCUGGAUUCCAUCUUCCUCGUAGCGAAAAAUCGAUGAGGGUCUUGGUGAAGAAUUGGUGGACGGGGUCGAAUCGGCCGCUGGAAGAUGAAAAGAAAUCCCUUGAGUUGAAUGAUUUGAACGGCUCUCUACGGCGUUCUAUAGUUUACUGCAGACCAUGGCUAGGAUGGAAUGGGUCUGUUUAG